UACUGCUUGGUAACCACCAUUUGGAUAGCUUCAUUGCCAACAUAUCGGAAACUUCAAUCACGUUUUAACGAAAGAAAAGAAAAAUACAAAGAUGGGAGAGGUGGUAGAAGAAAAGAAGGAGCCUGACUCCAAACGUGUGCAUACAUAUCCCCUUAUAAGACAUUCAGACAUGAAUGACGAGAUGAAGACAGAAGCUAUGGAAUUAUGUGUAACAGCCUGUGAGAAGUUUUCCAGUAAUAACGAGACUGCAGCAAGGAUGAUCAAAGAAACAAUGGAUAAAAAAUUUGGAGCAUCAUGGCAUGCGAUAGUGGGAGAAGGCUAUGGAUUUGAAAUCACACAUGAAGUGAAGAACUUGCUAUACAUGUUCUUUGGAGGAAAUAUGGCAAUUAUGAUCUGGAAAUGUUCAUAGACUAGCAUUCAUUCACUUCAUCAUCCAAACACAUCAAAGCCAUAUAAAAAGUCUUCAUGUGGAAACACUCCAACAGAUGUGUGAGGAAACAUACUCAGAUCUGACAAAUUCAAGUUGAAUUCCUUGUUGGAUAUAAUAUAAUGUUAAAAACACUAAAUUUUGACAAUAAAAUGUAUCUUACCAAAAUAACUAAAGAAGAAAAUUACGUAGAUAGUGAAAAAUUCUGAAACCUUUUUUUUUUCGCUGCAGAACUGUUGCAAAUCAUUACUUGUGUGUAUCCGAAACACAGAAGUGACAAUUUAAAAUCACUUGUUUUCAUGCAAUAGACACGUUAUCUUUACUAUUGGUAUCUCAAAAUGUGGUGAUAAGUCUCUGUCUCUGGGAAUAGCAACUUAAACAGUACUGUAAUUCAGAAAGAGCAUUGUUGUCACGACAUUCAUUUAACCCUUUCAACCCUAUGUAACUGUAGCAGACUCUACCAUGCAUUGAUCUGGAUGAGUCCAUUAUGUUCUACAGUGGUGAAAGGGUUAACAGUUAAAGCUAUACAUGCCAAAAUUAAUAAAAAUAAAAACCAUGUUUAUCUCGGUACGGUGGGACCAAUCUUUUGAUAAAUAUAUUGAUGACUUAAAAGAACACAAGAGAAACCAUUAGGAUUUAUAAGAUGGGUAUUCUUUGUAUUUUAUAUACAUUCCUGACUCAGCUAAAUAUCAACUGUGUGCUAUCAAUUCUGGUCUCUCGAUUAUAAACACGUUGAUCUGAUUCUAUGAUAAAGGAUCUACUGUAACAGCUUAGUGUUGUGUAUUAGUCAUGAGCUACAGCAGCCUGUAUCUCUGAGACUUUGUAAGAAAUACACGUUGUCUGUACAAACUUUAAUUGUUUGCAGACUAAAAUGUUUGUUUUACUACUUAUAGAAUAAUAUCAAGUUAAACUUCUACUGUAAAUAUCAAAUAUGUAUAUUGAAUAAAAAUUAUACUAUGGUAUUUUU